CCCGCCCCUUCAAGCAGCAGGAGCCAGAAGCGGGCCUCUCCUCUCCGGCCUGUUUCCAUAGCAACGGGGCUCCUCUCGGGCCUGCUGCUGUUUCCAUAGCAACGGAGCUCCCAAGGCCGCUAUGAAGGUGCCGUGACGCGAGGCGCGGCUCGGGCCUGGUCGGGGGCUCCACGGAGGGGAGAGGCUGCUGCUGCCGGGCUCCUGGGCCUCCGCCUCCCGCUCCGCUCCCUCCCGGCCAGGCCGCCCCGCCGGAGCCGCCAUGCUGGUGCCCGUCUUCACCCUCAAGCUCAGCCACAAGAUCCUGCCCCGCAUGGUGGCGCUGGGCAAGUACGACGGCAGCCACCCCUGCCUGACGGCCGCCACGCAAGCCGGCAAGGUGUUUAUCCAUAAUCCUCAUGCACGUGGCCAACACAUGAAUGCAAACCGUUUGAUGCUUAGUGCUCAAGAUGCAGAUAUUGCUCUUCUGAACAUCAAUGAGGCGGUCAGUAGCUUGACUGUGGGGGUGCUGAACCCUGACCUUGGCUAUGAUUCCCUUCUGGUUGGCACCCAGACCAGUUUGCUGGCAUAUGAUGUACACAACAAUUCUGACUUGUUUUAUGCAGGGGUUCCUGAUGGAGCAAAUGCGAUAGUUCUUGGAACGUUAGGAGACAUUUCCUCACCUCUUGCUAUUAUUGGUGGCAACUGUUCAUUGCAGGGCUUUAAUCAUGAAGGGAAAGACCUUUUCUGGACGGUCACAGGGGACAAUGUCCGUGCACUGGCGUUGUGUGACUUUGAUGGUGAUGGGAAAACAGAGCUUCUUGUUGGAUCUGAAGAUUUUGACAUUAGAGUUUUUAAAGAAGAUGAAAUUGUGGCAGAAAUGUCGGAGACUGAGACGGUCACCGCACUAAGCCCAAUGUGCAGCAGCCGAUUUGGCUAUGCCCUUUCUAAUGGCACAGUGGGCGUUUAUGACAGGAUGGUUCGCUACUGGAGAAUUAAAUCUAAAAACCAGGCAAUGAGCAUACAUGCAUUUGAUCUCAACUCUGACGGGGUAUGUGAGCUGAUCACUGGCUGGUCUAACGGGAAGAUUGAUGCACGCAGUGACCGAACUGGGGAGGUCAUCUUCAAAGAUAAUUUUUCUUCCUCAAUUGCGGGAAUAGUGCAGGGAGAUUACCGAAUGGAUGGUAAUACCCAGUUAAUCUGUUGCUCUGUUGAUGGUGAAGUACGAGGCUACCUACCAGGAAGCCAAGAAAUGAAGGGGAACCUAAUGGAUACCAGUGUGGAGCAGGACUUGAUUCGAGAGCUUAGUCAAAAGAAACAAAAUCUGCUGCUGGAGUUAAGAAACUACGAAGAAAACUCAAAGCAAGUCGAACUGAACACUCAAGUGAAUGAGAUGGACGGGCCAAGGGGGGUGAUUCCAGCAAACACCCAGCUCCAAACUUCGCUCUCAGUGAAUCUGGGCUCGGACAGUCAAUCUGCUCAUGUUGAGCUGUGCAUCUCAACAUCCAACGACACCAUCAUUCGCGCAGUCCUGAUCUUUGCUGAAGGAAUAUUUGAAACUGAAAGCCAUGUGGUCCAUCCUAGUCUCCAGAACCUCUCUGGCUGCAUUAAGGUUCCCCUCACCCCUCCCAAAGAUGUCCCGGUUGAUCUGCAUAUCAAGGCCUUUGUGGGUUACAAGUACAGCAUGCAGUUCCAUGUCUUUGAGCUGACAAGACAACUCCCUCGAUUCUCAAUGUAUACCCUGAGUAGUCCAGACUCUGCUCCGGAGCCCUUGAGCUUUGUAAAAUUCACAAUCAGUGAAAGGGCACAAAGGGUCAUCAUGUGGCUGAAUCAAAGUUUCCUGUUACCAGAGGACGUGGAGAUCCAGAGCGCGUCCUUUCAAGUCUGCUUCACCUCCCUGCGUGACGCGGGGCAGCUGUGCAUCAAAAUUAGGCCUAGUGGUGAGGUCUUGGUUAGCACUGAAGACAUUGACCUGGCUGGUGACAUCAUCCAGUCCAUGGCCUCCUUCUUGGCCAUUGAAGACUUGCAGGUUGAAGCAGAUUUCCCCGCUUAUUUUGAAGAGCUGCGCAAGGCCCUGAUCAAGGUGGACGACUCUCACUCUGUGUGCCAGAAACUCACAGCUAAUAUGGCUGACAACUCCAACUUGAUCCGUAGCAUGCUGGUUCAAGCAGAGGAUUCUCGCCUCAUGGGAGACAUGAAAAAUACGAAGAAACGAUACAUGGAACUGUAUGACCUCAACAGGGAUUUAUUGUCUGAGUACAAAAUUCGCUGCACCAAUCAUACGGAGCUUCUAAAUAACCUCAAGGCAAUAAACCAGGCUAUUCAAAGAGCAGGACACCUGCGAGUUGGUAAGCCGAAGAUGCAGGUGAUCACUGCCUGCCGAGAUGCCAUUAAGACCAACAACAUAAACAUGCUGUUCAGAAUAAUGCGUGUGGGAACAGCUGCUUCUUGAUAAAAGAAAAUGCUGGAGCAGAAAGCAGGGACAUUCUCUUUGCAGCUGGCUGUCAGCUUGGCAAGAAGCUGUAUGAAUGGCGAGGGGGCAGCUUUUGUACUGUCUAUCCAGUGCCCCCCCCCCCCCCCCGCCGACUGAAGCUCAGUGCAGUAGGAUAGGCACGUGGUGUGUGCUCGUGUGUAGGGAAACCACCAUGACUGCUGGUUAGUAUGAUCUGAUAUCUACUGCGGGGAUAAGCAGGAGGAAUAUUUAUUAAGCUCAGUUUAGGUAAGAGACACAACGUAUAGAACUCCCACCCAAAACCCCCCACACUGAAACAGAUGUGGAAUAUCGCCUCAUUUUAUGUAGCCAUAUAAAGUUUAUUUAUGGAAUCAAUUGUAUUGUACAGCAAUUACACAUCUGAAUAAAACAGACUGCAACUA